ACCGACAACAUGAUAUAAAAAUGUUUCAUGCAUUUGCUGAAACACGCAACGUACCAUACCCUGGACAUUACAUUAUAGCCUUCUUCUCUGGUCAUCCAUCGUUACAUGGUUGAAUAUUGAAUUCAAAGAUGAAGUUGGGAUUGUUGGUAUUGCUAGUCUUGUUCAGCUCCUCCUCUAUUUGUUCAGCUUGGUUUGGUAGUAAACACAAAACUUCAAGUACAAGUACAAGUUCAAGUUCAAGUGGAAGCGGAAGGUACUCCAAUCGUCACGAAGCAUCAUCGUCAUCAUCCUCGCCAUUCCUACUAAACCGUUUUCGUUCUAGCUCAUCCGUCGUGUUACCGGUUCACGGCAAUGUCUAUCCUGUUGGGUUUUAUAAUGUGACUCUGAACAUCGGGCAGCCACCAAGGCCAUAUUUUCUUGAUAUUGACACGGGUAGCGACCUCACGUGGCUUCAAUGCGAUGCCCCUUGUGCCCGUUGCUCUCAGACACCCCAUCCACUUUACAGGCCCAGCAAUGACUUAGUGCCAUGCAGACAUGCCCUCUGUGCAUCCUUGCACCACACUGAUAACUACAACUGUGAAGACCCACAUCAAUGUGACUACGAAGUUGAGUAUGCAGAUCAUUACUCAUCCCUUGGUGUACUUGUCCAUGAUGUCUAUACUCUCAACUUUACAAAUGGAGCCCAACUUAAAGUUCGUAUGGCACUUGGAUGUGGAUAUGAUCAGAUUUUUCCAGAUCCUUCACACCAUCCGUUAGAUGGAAUGCUUGGCCUUGGCAGAGGAAGAACCAGCUUGACAUCACAGCUGAAUAGUCAGGGUUUGGUGCGAAACGUGAUUGGACACUGUUUGAGUGCACAAGGAGGAGGGUAUAUCUUCUUUGGAGAUGUUUAUGAUUCUUCUAGACUGACUUGGACUCCGAUGUCAUCCAGAGACUACAAGCAUUACUCAACAGCAGGGGCAGCUGAACUCCUUUUUGGAGGGAAGAAAGCUGGGGUUGGAAGUCUUUUUGCUGUUUUUGACACCGGGAGUUCUUACACUUACUUCAACUCUAAUGCUUACCAAGCACUAAUUUCUUGGUUGAGGAAAGAUUUAGUUGGAAAGCCCCUAAAAGAAGCACAUGUUGAUCAAACUCUCCCUCUCUGUUGGCAAGGUAAAAGACCUUUCAGAAGCGUAUAUGAAGUGAGAAAAUACUUCAAGCCAAUCACUCUUGGUUUCACUAGCAAUGGGAGAAAUAAAGCUCCGUUUGAGAUCCCUCCUGAAGCGUAUUUGAUAGUAUCAAACAUGGGAAAUGUUUGCUUGGGCAUUCUAAACGGCUCUGAAGUAGGAAUGGGGGAUAUGAACCUAAUUGGAGACAUAUCCAUGUUAAACAAAGUGAUGGUUUUUGACAACGACAAGCAAUUGAUUGGUUGGACAUAUGCAGAUUGUGACCGUGUUCCGAAAUCCAGAGAUGUCAGCAUUUGAUCACAAAAGGAUACCUCUGUCAUAAUCAAAUAAUAGCUAUUAUCCUACUUUAUAGAACAAGAUGGUAGUAUCAUACGAGUGUUUAUCUGCUUAUGUAGAAAGCCAUAUAUUGUGCAUAACAUUAUAGAGACCUUGAUUAUUACUGUUUAUAGAGUAUACUCCUAUUUCCGACUUGUUACGCGUGCAGAGAAACCAGUCUCAUCAAAAAUCAUAUGACAUUAGUUUGAUUGAACGGUUUUGAGGAUUUAAUUUGGAAUUGGGAAGGCAAAGCGAAGAGUCAAAAAGAGUAAUGCAGGUUGAUGCAAAUAUUAGGUGCAUCUCUUGAUUCUAUGAUUAAUUGGCAGAUUUUAUACAAUAAUAUAUUGUCAAAUGUCAAUCGAUUCUGUUUCUCAACAUUUUUGGAUCUAUUCAAAUUUGAGUGUAGCAACAUCAUCAAUUAUGGACAAUUCAUAAACCGGAUAAUUCGACAAACAGUAUCAACUCAUUAUUAGUACA